AUGUUCAAUCGGUUAUUAAUAAAUCACAAAUCACCUAUAUCAUUUAAAAUAAUUAGAUUAUACUCUGGUCAUAAAGCUCCGCCAGCUAAAAAGAAAGAUGUGGAUCCAAGACGAGUCUUUAAAGUAUACAGAUACGAUGGAAUUCUAUCGAAAGAUAAACCCAAAAUGAAGAACUAUGACCUCGACGUUAGCACAUGUGGCAAAAUGGUACUUGAUGCCAUGAUAAAAAUUAAAGACAUGGACUCAUCGUUUGUCUUCCGACGAUCUUGCAGAGAAGGUAUUUGCGGUUCCUGCGCAAUAAACCUUCAAGGAAACAAUUGCCUCGCUUGCAUCACAGAAAUACCGCCAGAUAAAACGAUAUCUAUCUACCCAAUACCGCAUAUGUACGUGAUACGAGAUUUGGUCGUGGACAUGACACAUUUCUUCAAUGCCUACGAUGGCAUACGGCCAUAUUUGAUCAGAGAACGCACUAGUGAUUUGGGGGCAUACCAAUACGCACAGAGCGUUGAAGACCAGGCGAAAUUAGUUGGUCUGUAUGAAUGUGUUCUCUGCGCUUGUUGUUCCACAGCCUGUCCUAGUUACUGGUGGAAUGGCAGACGGUUCCUGGGUCCAGCAGCUCUUCUCCACGCGUAUAGAUGGAUCAUAGACUCUAGGGAUAUGGACACCGCUGCAAGGUUAUACGACUUGAGAGAUGACUUCAUGGUGUACCGUUGCCAUACUAUAAUGAACUGUACUCUUGCAUGCCCGAAAGGUUUGAACCCACAUGUAGCUAUUGCGUAUCUUAAGAGGUUAAUUUCUCGUGUGGAUAAGAAACAACCGGAAGGCAUUGAUGCUUUGAAGUUUGCGUCGGGUGCGAAAAAGAAAUGCUAG